AUGGACCCGUUUACCGAGAAACUGCUUGAACGAACCCGUGCCAGGCGAGAGAAUCUUCAGAGAAAGAUGGCUGAGAGGCCCACAGCAGCAGCAAGGUCUGCCAUGCAUGCUAAGAGAACCAGAGAGCCACUUUCUGAAGCAAGUAACCAACAGCCUCUACCUGGUAGUGAAGAGAAAUCUUGUACAAAACCAUCACCAUCAAAAAAACGCUGUUCUGACAACGCUGAAGUAGAAGUUUCUAACUUGGAAAAUGAAAAGCCAGUAGAGUCAGCUUCUGCAAAAGCCUGUCCUCCAAGUCCUCUGCCUCCUCGGGCACAGCCACAGAUGCCAGCUCCUGUCAGUGAUCCCGAGGCUGUCCCGGCACCGCUGCCGGGCGUGAGGACAGGGCUUAACUCAAGACUGGAAGCGAGGGCAGGCUCCUCAGUGAAAACACGAAUGCAAAGACUGGCGGAGCAGCGGCGCCAUUGGGAUAAUAAUGACAUGACAGAUGAGAUACCCGAAAGCUCACUCAUGUCACCAAUGCCAUCAGAGGGAAGGGCUGCCUCGCCUCCCAAACCACCCCCUGCAGAUGCCUCGGCAACUCCAGUUGGUAGAAGGGGCCGUCUGGCCAACCUUGCCGCAACUAUUUGCUCGUGGGAAGAUGAUGUAAAUUACUCAUCUGCAAAGCAAAACAGUGCACAAGAACAGCCUGGUACCACUUGUUUAUCCAAAUUUUCCUCUGCAAGUGGAGCAUCUGCUAGGAUCAAUAGCAGCAGUGUCAAGCAGGAAGCUGCAUGCUGUUCCCAAAGGGAUGGUGAGGCCUCUUUGAAUAAAGCUCCGUCCUCGAGUGCCGUGGGUGCAUCUUUGAAUGAUGCUACAGUUUCCAGCUCUGUGAAAGCUGCUUCUUCCCCAGUGAAAUCUUCUACUGUAUCCCUUGCUGAUGUUAAAAAUUGUGAGGUACAAAAUCCUGAGCUACUUCAGAAAACUCCUGUUAGUCUCCUGAAAACAGAGGUACCGAAACCAACUGGGAAGUCAACCGUGUCCCAGACAGUUGGGCCCAAAGAAGAAUUAAAUAGAGAAGUAUGUCGGCAGUCUCAAUCUAAAGACAAAUCUGCAACACCAGGAGGAGCAGGAAUUAAGCCUUUCCUGGAGCGCUUUGGAGAGCGUUGUCAAGAACACAGCAAACAAAGUCCUGCUCGGAGCACACCCCAAAGAACCCCCAUUAUCACUCCAACUACAAGGGCCAUCCAAGAAAGAUUAUUCAAGCAAAACACAUCUUCAUCUACUACUCAUUUGGCACAACAGCUCAAGCAGGAACGUGAGAAAGAACUAGCAUGUCUUCGUGGCCGAUUUGACAAAGGCAAUUUAUGGAGUGCAGAAAAAGGCGAAAGCUCGAGAAGCAAACAACUAGAAACCAAACAGGAAAUUCACUGUCAGAACACUCCCCUCAAAAAACACCAAGCUGUUUCAAAUACCCCAUCGCUUCCAGUAACGGAAAAGGUGACAGAAAAUCAAACACCAGGAAAACCUUCCAGCACAGAACCUACAGGUUUCACUGAACGUAAAAUGACGAAGUCUAGCCCUUUGAAAAUCACAUUAUUUUUAGAAGAGGAUAAGUCUUUAAAAGUAACAUCAGACCCAAAGGUUGAGCAGCAGACUGAAGUGGUACGUGAAACUGAGAUGAGUGUGGAUGAUGACGAUGGUAUCAAUAGUUCAAAAGUAAUUAAUGACAUCUUCAGUGAUGUCCUGGUGGAAGGUGAGCUGGACAUGGAAAAGAGCCAAGAGGAGAUGGACCACGCAGAAGCAGAGAGCGCUGAAGAACAGGAAGAUGCACUGAACAUCUCCUCCAUGUCUUUGCUUGCUCCGUUAGCACAGACCGUUGGUGUGGUAAGUCCGGAGAGUUUAGUUUCCUCACCUCGAUUGGAAUUGAAAGAUUCCAGCGUAAGUGAUGAAAGUCCAAAGCCAGGGAAAUUCCAAAGAACCCGUGUUCCUCGAGCUGAGUCAGGUGAUAGCAUUGGUUCUGAAGAUCGUGAUCUUCUUUAUAGCAUUGAUGCGUACAGAUCUCAAAGAUUCAAAGAAACAGAACGUCCUUCAAUAAAGCAAGUGAUUGUUCGGAAGGAAGAUGUUACUUCGAAGUUGGAUGAGAAAAAGAAUGCCUUUCCUGGUCAAGUGAACAUCAAACAGAAAAUGCAGGAACUCAAUAAUGAAAUAAAUUUGCAGCAGACAGUAAUCUAUCAAGCCAGCCAGGCUCUUAACUGCUGUGUUGAUGAAGAUCACGGAAAAGGGUCACUAGAAGAAGCUGAAGCAGAAAGACUUCUCCUCAUUGCUACUGAGAAGAGAACACUCUUGAUUGAUGAGUUGAAUAAAUUGAAGAACGAAGGGCCCCAAAGGAAGAACAAGGCUGGUCCCAUAUCCCCAAGUGAAUUUGUCGCAUCCAAGGGAUCAGUUACUUUGUCAGAAAUCCGCUUGCCUCUAAAAGCAGAUUUUGUCUGUGGUACAGUUCAGAAACCAGAUGCAGCAAAUUACUAUUUCUUAAUUAUACUAAAAGCAGGAGCUGAAAAUAUGGUAGCCACACCAUUAGCAUGUACUUCAAAUUCUCUUAAUGGUGAUGCUCUGACAUUCCCUACUACAUUUACUCUGCAAGAUGUGUCCAAUGACUUUGAAAUAAAUAUUGAAGUUUACAGCUUGGUACAAAAGAAAGAACUCUCAGGCCCUGAUAAGAAGAAAAAGGCACUCAAGUCCAAGGCUAUUACUCCAAAGCGACUUCUCACAUCUAUAACCACAAAGAGCAGCCUUCAUUCUUCAGUCAUGGCCAGUCCAGGUGGUCUCCAUGCUGUGCGUACCAGCAACUUUGCCCUUGUUGGGUCUUACAUACUGUCAUUAUCUUCAGUAGGAAACACUAAAUUUGCUCUGGACAAGGUACCCUUUUUAUGUCCCUUGGAAGGUCAUAUUUAUUUAAAAAUAAAAUGUCAAGUGAAUUCAAGUGUUGAAGAAAGAGGUUUUCUAACCAUAUUUGAAGAUGUUAGUGGUUUUGGUGCCUGGCAUCGAAGAUGGUGUGUUCUUUCGGGAAAUUGUAUCUCUUAUUGGACUUAUCCAGAUGAUGAGAAACGGAAGAAUCCCAUAGGAAGGAUAAAUCUGGCCAAUUGUACAAGCCAUCAAAUAGAACCAGCCAACAGAGAAUUUUGUGCAAGACGCAACACUUUUGAAUUAAUUACUGUCCGACCACAGAGAGAAGAUGACCGAGAGACUCUUGUUAGCCAAUGCAGGGACACUCUCUGUGUCACCAAGAACUGGUUGUCUGCAGAUACCAAGGAAGAGAGGGAUCUCUGGAUGCAAAAACUCAAUCAAGUUCUUGUUGAUAUUCGCCUCUGGCAACCUGAUGCUUGCUACAAACCUAUUGGGAAGCCUUAA